UGCUCGCCUCUCUCAAGAUGCUGAAACUUAUCCUUUUUAAGGGGUCGGAACCACAGUGACAGCUCCCAUUUAGUGCUACAUAGUUAAAACUAUAGCUUCCCUAUCUUGAAGAAUAAAGGUUUUGCGUUACCGUGGGUGUGAGUGGCCAAAUUGGCAAUGUUAUUAGGCUGGUGGUUCUUUCUACUCGCAGACACAGGCGAUGAUGUGCUAUCUCGUGGGACUCCUCGCCCGAACUUGUUACACAUACUCUGAGCCUGCUGUCUCAACAUUCUCGUUUGCUGAAGUAACUCACUAUGGCUCCUAAGGAUAUAAUGACUAACUCUCAUGCCAAGUCCAUUCUUAAUGCAAUGAAUUCUCUGCGAAAAAGUAACACACUUUGUGAUGUGACCCUACGUGUGGAGCAGAAAGACUUUCCAGCCCAUCGCAUUGUGUUAGCUGCUUGCAGUGACUAUUUCUGUGCUAUGUUCACCAGUGAGCCUUCUCUCUCCUGUGUGAAUGGAAAUAGAAGCUUUGGCAAAGGCUUCCAUUUAGGUACCCCAGCAUCCGACUUCUGUCCAUGUCUUGGCUUGCUUGCAGUGCUUUCAGAGAAAGAUAAACCUUAUGUGGAUAUCCAAGGGCUAACAGCCUCAACUAUGGAAAUAUUGCUGGAUUUUGUAUACACAGAAACUGUUCAUGUGACAGUGGAAAAUGUUCAAGAGUUGCUUCCAGCAGCCUGUCUGCUUCAGCUGAAAGGAGUGAAGCAGGCUUGCUGUGAGUUCCUGGAAAGCCAGCUGGAUCCAUCAAACUGUUUGGGUAUCCGAGAUUUUGCUGAAACACAUAAUUGUGUUGACUUAAUGCAGGCAGCUGAGGUCUUCAGCCAGAAACACUUCCCAGAUGUAGUUCAACAUGAAGAGUUUAUACUGCUAAAUCAAGAAGAAGUAGAAAAGUUAAUCAAAUGUGAUGAAAUUCAGGUGGAUUCUGAAGAGCCUGUCUUUGAGGCAGUUAUUAAUUGGGUAAAGCACUCAAAGAAAGAACGGGAAGCAUCCCUGCCAGAGCUUCUGCAGUAUGUGCGCAUGCCACUCCUCACCCCGCGCUACAUCACUGAUGUCAUAGACACUGAGCCUUUUAUUCGUUGUAGUUUGCAGUGCAGAGACCUUGUAGAUGAAGCUAAGAAAUUUCAUCUAAGGCCUGAGCUUCGGAGCCAAAUGCAAGGUCCAAGGACUAGAGCACGUUUGGGUGCCAAUGAAGUUCUCUUAGUAAUUGGGGGUUUUGGAAGUCAGCAGUCACCUAUUGAUGUGGUGGAGAAAUAUGACCCAAAGACACAGGAAUGGAGUUUCCUACCGAGCAUCAGCCGUAAAAGACGCUAUGUUGCUACAGUUUCUUUGCACGAUCGGAUAUAUGUAAUAGGUGGAUACGAUGGCCGUUCUCGUCUCAGCUCAGUAGAAUGCUUGGAUUACACAUCUGAUGAAGACAGCAUCUGGUACUCUGUGGCUCCGAUGAAUGUUCGACGGGGCCUAGCAGGGGCCACUACUCUGGGAGACAUGAUCUAUGUUUCUGGAGGUUUUGAUGGAAGCCGGCGCCAUACCAGUAUGGAGAGAUAUGAUCCAAACAUUGAUCAGUGGAGCAUGUUGGGAGAUAUGCAGACAGCUCGAGAAGGAGCAGGACUGGUUGUUGCAAAUAAUAUUAUCUACUGUCUUGGUGGUUAUGAUGGUCUGAACAUCUUAAAUUCUGUGGAACGAUAUGAUCCCCAUACUGGACAUUGGACAAAUGUCACUCCAAUGGCCACCAAACGUUCAGGAGCUGGAGUAGCCUUGCUUAAUGAUCAUAUUUAUGUGGUUGGAGGGUUUGAUGGAACAGCACAUCUCUCCUCUGUGGAAGCAUAUAACAUUCGUACAGAUUCUUGGACUACAGUGACCAGCAUGACAACACCCCGCUGUUACGUAGGCGCAACUGUGCUGAGGGGAAGACUUUAUGCCAUAGCAGGGUAUGAUGGGAACUCACUCCUGAGCAGCAUUGAGUGCUAUGAUCCUAUCAUUGACAACUGGGAAGUGGUGACAUCACUGGGGACCCAACGUUGUGAUGCUGGUGUUUGUGUCCUGCGGGAGAAGUGACUUUAGGGAAGGACCUGGUGAGAGCACUUCCAUGGGACAGAGAAGCUAUAGGAUAAAGCACUGGCUGACUUGGAGUUCUUGAUCUUGUAGCUGUGGAUGCAGAGACCACUGCUGUCUGGCCUGUGUUCCACACCCUCAGGCUCAUCUUCAAAGCGAGUGAUUCCAGUUUCAGAACAAAACCAGGCAAGGCACUUUGAACUGAAAAUGGAGAAAUUACAUAUUUACAUAUGCUGCCCUUGUAAAAAUGUCAAAGCAGCAAGGCCGACUGAAUAUCUGAGGUUAAGUAGCUCAUCUUGGUCCUCUCCAAAGCAUCAGCAUACAUGCAUUGUGAACAUAGGCCCAAGGCUUGGUUUGUGCCUGAUCAUUUCCAUGCACCAAAUAUGCUGCCACAUGGACACAGUGAACAUUGUGUGGGCACAGCAUGCUUUCUGGAUGAUUUUUCAGGCGCUGCACACACUUGCACAUGAUGCUGGGAAGAAAAGCCAGACAUAGUCUGAUUGUAACUGGACUCAUUGUGGUGGUAUAAGGAAUCUGACCUCCACCUUAAUAAGUGAAGAGGGAGAAAUGAAGACUAUUGCCUACUGCACUAAUUAGUCUGUAUGUUGGGAGAAUGACAGGCAGGCAGGAAGAGACCAUUACAUCUUAUGCUUUCUGCCAGAGGAUGGAUGCCUAUAUUUCCUGGAGAGGCUGUGUUCCAGUACUUGUGAAUAAAAACCUGGUUGUAGUUUACAUCUUUUUUUCUAAAGUAGAGAUUCUUAGUGUUAGCAGAGUCAUAAAUAAUAAGUCUUAAAUGUGUUCUUGGGUGUCUGAGCAUAAUGGAUAUGUGCAAACAUAUGCUUUUUAAAAGGGUACAUCAGCCCAAGCUAUUUUUCAGUGGUUGGAUGCGCACUUUAAAUAUUCUUACAAGUCAGAGCACCUCUUAACUUACGCUGGCCAUCUCAAGAGUCUGCAGAUAAAUGUUGAAUUCUGAUAGUAUGCAGUCUUGGAUGUCCCACAUGAGCAGUGCCAACAUAAGUUCUUGCAUACUUCACAAUCUGAUUUAAGACUUCCUCUUGUGUUCCUGCUUUAGCACUGAAACACCGAAGUUAGGAGCAUGAAAAGUUAUGUACCCUAAGGAGCAUACAAAAGUUGUCAACUUGUAGUCUGUUGAAUCUCCAGAUCAGUUUACAGCAGGGAUUUUGGGUGAUCAUUAAUGUGAACUGGAAUGCUUAAGGCAUCUCUACAGUGACAUUUAUAAGGCAUCUCUGUAGUGAUACCCCUUUCUGUCUGCCUAGAUACUACUCCUCUGGUGUUUAAUGCAGCAAAGAUAAACUGCAUUGCAGAAAUGGACACAUGAGCCUGUGGAUAAUGCAGCUCCAUUCCUCAAUUAUGUACCUGAACUUUCAGCAUGAUCCUGGGCAAUCUCCCAUGACCUACUGAGCCUCUUCCUGUGUUGCCCAAUCAGGAACCAAGGGGUGAAUGUAUUUAUUUUCUUGGGUGCUGUUGACUCUUUGCUUUGGGGAAGUGGUAGCAUGGGAUAACAAUGCACUUUCAAGCAACACUGAGUUUAUAAAUUCUGUCCUGUCGCACCCAUGUUUGUGAUUCAUUUCUUAUGUAUUUUUAAUAAAAGUAUCUCUGGUA